CAAGUUGUUUUGCAGCCUUCACUCUCUGUCUCAGUGUCUCUGAAGCAAUGGAUCGGAAAUGCUUGCUCGCAUUCGCGUUGAUCGGCGUCAUUGUCGCCAGCGUCGGAGCCCAGUCCCCAGCGGCUGCGCCAUCCAAAUCUCCAGCGACUCCGGUGGUUGCUACUUCACCGGUUUCAUCACCAACCGCAGCUCCCUCUAAGCCACAAUCACCAGCCAAAGCACCUUCGAAGCCUAAAUCUCCGGCUCCGGCCACGUCUCCAUUGUCGGCUCCACCGGCUUCGGCUCCUGUGAAACCGACGGCACCAACUCCAUCGAAGCCUGCGGCGCCAGCUCCAGUGGCUAAACCUCCUGCGUCGUCGCCUCCCGCGGCAGCUCCAGUGAGCUCUCCACCUGCUCCGGUUCCGGUCAGCUCUACCUCUACGCCCCUGCCUGCACCGGCGAAGUCUCCCCCGUCACCUGCGCCAGAGACCGUUCCCUCCAGCGCUCCUCCGGCUCCGGUCUCCACGCCGACAGCCGAGGUUCCAGCUCCGGCUCCAAGCAAGAAGAAGACAAAGGUUAAGUCUAAGAAGCACCACGCGCCGGCUCCAGGGCCAGCGUUUCUAGGCCCGCCCGCUCCUCCGGCGGAAGCACCCGGACCCAGCGACGACGCGUCAUCGCCUGGUCCUUCUUUGGCUGAUGAGAGUGGAGCGGUGACGAUCAGGGCCGUGCAGCAGGUGGUGGCUGGCUUGGCAUUGGGAUGGGCUGUCCUCGGCUUGAUCCUUUAGAGAGAGAGAGAGAGAGAGACAGUGAUACUAUUUAUGCUGUUCAUUGUUAAACAGAUCGAUUAAACGUAGAGAUUCUUCUAAAUUAUUUCUUAAUAGUUUGGAGGAAAAUUGUGUCGGUUUGCUUUGAACUUUGGGAUUUACCAGCAUGUUUCUUUUAUUCUUUGGGAGAGUUUGUGGGGGAAACUUGAUUACUUUGUAAUUUUCUAUCGACUACUUGAUUACUUAUGUAUUAUUAUUGCCGUUGGAGAGCAUCUUUCUUUUA